AGUGUUGGGGUGAUCUCUAUAAAACUUUGAAGUAUCGCAGAUCUUACCUUCAGUUGAGUCCGUAAGUUGAGUCGUUUAGCCAGUUUGUCGUUAACCUGUUCGUAAUCGUUUCCAGUUGAGAGUAGACUAGAAUGGAAUGAUUUCAAAAUACCUCUUUCAAUGGCACAAGUGAAGCUUUUCGAAGCUAGUGUUAUAUUUUGUAAAAGAAAAAACUAGAAGAUAAAACAAGCGUUUGUGGUUGUUGUCAGUGAAUUUGCGUGUUUCUCCCAGCAAGGAUUUAUUAGUGAGAUACUGUUUAAAUUGUUUUCGUUUGAACACAGACUCAAUAUGGAAAAAUAUCGGUGGUGCUUACCUGUUGUCGGUUUGAGAUUGCUGAUGGUGAUAAUAAUAUUCGGGCAGAGCAAUGCACGAACGUCGAACAAGUUAAAAGUGACCUUGCCACACGGCGGGGUGCUUAUAGGCAGAUAUUUGAAUUCUUUCAGUGGCCAUGGAAUUUUAGCCUUCUUGGGAAUUCCGUAUGCAAAACCACCGAUAGGGGAACUUCGUUUUAAGGCUCCGGAACCGUUUGGAAAAUGGUCGGGUGAACGAAUGGCGAUAGCGGAUGCUCCACUUUGUACUCAACGUGAUCCAUAUCGCCGAGAUGAGGCCAUAUCCGGCACUGAAGAUUGCCUACAACUAAACGUUUACGUACCAGAGAGUCCUCGACGACUGACAGUGUCUGAUGCUGAGCCCAACUCUGGAUUACCGGUGAUGGUUUUCUUCCAUGGUGGAGGGUGGCAGUGUGGCUCGGGCACGCGAUCGUUUUACGGGCCCGAUUUUCUGCUGGAACACGAUGUCAUCUACAUCGGAGCAAAUUUCCGACUUGGUCCUCUGGGAUUCCUCUCAACGGUGCAGGAAGACUGCCCUGGAAAUAAUGGACUUAAGGAUCAAAGUUUGGUAUUACGAUGGAUUCGAGACAAUAUAGCGGCAUUUGGCGGCAACCCACAAUUAGUAACGGUGUUUGGAGAGAGUGCAGGUGGCGCUAGCGGAACAUACCAUAUGAUGUCGCCGCUAUCGGAAGGAUUGUUCCACAGAGUAAUAUCUCAGUCCGGAGUGAAUUUGAAUGCUUGGGCCCAACCAGCUCAUCCUGGUGUAGCCCGUGCGCGUGCCCUACAGCUUGGCGAGAUGUUUAAUUGCACUCAAGGUUUCGAUGGGAUGUUCAGUGCAAUGAUCGCCUGUUUACGUGAUGUAGCUGCUGAAGAUAUCACAAAAGCAUUUUAUGAUUUUUAUGCAUGGGAUACUGAUCCUAUGAUUCCGUUUCCUCCUGUUGUAGAACCUAAUUUACCAGGUGCGUUCAUUACGAAACAUCCUCGAGAUGUUUCCGCUCCCCAUUCCUUAGGAUUACCUUGGAUGACGGGUCUUACGCUUGAUGAAGGGGCCUUGAAAAGUGCAUCCCUCAUAAAUGUACCUAGCCUUCGCCAUAGUCUUAAUGAGCAUUGGGAUCAAGCAUUGCCGAUUUCUCUGUACUAUGAUCAUCACAAUUUAACAAGGCAGCAAGAAAUUACAGAACGUAUCAACAAGUUUUAUUUCAACAAUCAGAAGCUUGUAGAGAAAACCGAGCGUAACCUCACAAAUUUAUACUCGGAUGCAUGGUUUUUAGCUGGUAUGAAUGAGUAUUUAAGAAUACGUCUGCUAAGCAAAAAAACCAACAUAACGUCUGACGCAAAUGUUGAAGUGGGGCCCACUUACGUGUAUUUAUUCGCACAGAAAGCCUCGGCAAGCUUCACUGAAAUAUUUGAAGGAGGAAAAGAUAAUUAUUAUGGAGUUUGCCAUGCUGAAGAACUGCAGUACCUGUUUCCAAUAGCAAAGGACCUGUUUGUAACAGCAGUUCCUACAACAGUAGAAUUAAAAAUUCGAAGAAUUAUUACUCAGCUAUGGGUAAAUUUUGCCAAAACAGGUAACCCAACUCCACCAAAUACAAUGGAUGAUUCUAUUCCAACAUGGCCAAAAGCAGAGGGUUUUCCCUUAACCUAUGUUCGAAUUGGGAGCAUCGAUCCUUCGACUGAACCUCUUAUCGCUGUAGAAGUAGGGUUGUUCGAAGAAAGGUCUGCAUUUUGGUCUGCGCUUCAGGCACAUCAUCCUCCAGGUUUAUUAACAAGCACAAGUCACGAUGAGCUGUAAUUUUCACUUACUUUGCAAUUAAUUAACGUAGAUAUGAGGAAUAUUAGAAUUUUUGAAAUCUACAUGAACAUGUCGGAUGAUUCAUAAUCUUUGUUUGAUUCGAUUAUAAAAAAGGUUUGAAAAUAUUUUGUACGAUUUUUCAUGAAAUAGUACAAUUGGUUUCGAAUGUAUCGUA